CAGGUUGUGUGCAUGCAACUGGGUGUGCUCUGGCUGAAGGACUGCAUGUGGAUACAAGCGCUCCCGAGGUGCAGACACGGGCAGGCUUGCCGCUGUGGACAAACAGACCACACGUCGUGUCUCUGAGCCAUGGAGCCCACCACACCUGACCGACAGCUUGUGCCUGAGGUGACAAAGGAAGUCUCCACUCCUGACCCCGGGCACUGUCGAGCUGCUGUCACCACGGCGGUGGCUGUGAGCACUAUCAUCCUGACCCUAGGAGUCCUCUUGGCCUUCCUCUCUACACAGGGAGUCCAGGUGGAGCACCUUGUGGAGCUGCGGGGUGUCCCCUUUGCCAGCGCCCUGCAGUGGGAGACCUCCAGCUACUACCAAGCUCUUACGCCUGUGCUGCAGGAUUUGUUUGUAAGUAGUUUCUGGAAGACAGAGCUAGAAGCAAGCUGUGUGGGAUGCACUAUACUUGGUUACAGAGAGGGUAAUUCCAGCAUCCUGGUGCAUUUCCGAUUACACUUUUUGCUGCAAGCCCUGCAGCUGCUGAAUCUGGAUGUGGAGGAGAACCUCUUGCGGCAGGGCCUCCGGGCAAGGCUGCAGGACCAUGGUGUCCCCCUGGCUUCCUAUGGCACCAUUGUGUCAGCUGAGCUCACAGGAAGACGUAAAGGACCAGAGAUGGAGAGAGACUUCAAAUCAGGUCACUGUCCAGGAAACUCCUUUUCCUGUCGGAACAGCCAGUGUGUGAUCAAAGAGAACCCAGAGUGUGACGACAGGCCAGACUGUCCGGAUGGAUCAGACGAGGCACACUGUGACUGCGGGUUGCAGCCGGCCUGGAGGACAGCGGGCAGGAUCGUGGGGGGUGUGGAGGCGGCUCCUGGGGAGUUCCCCUGGCAGGUCAGCCUUCGUGAGAACGAGGAGCACUUCUGUGGGGCCACCAUCAUCGGAGCCAGGUGGCUGGUGUCUGCUGCCCACUGCUUCAAUGAACUCCAGGACCCAGCCGAGUGGGUGGCCUACGUGGGCACCACCCACCUCAGCAGCUCGGAAGCCAGCGCUGUGCGGGCCAGGGUGGCACGCAUCGCCAAGCACCCCUUGUACAACGCAGACACGGCCGACUUCGACGUGGCCGUCCUGGAGUUGGCGCAACCGCUGCCCUUUGGACGCUACAUCCAGCCGGCCUGCCUCCCAGCUGCUGGCCACAUCUUCCAGACCGGCAAGAAGUGCCUUAUCUCGGGCUGGGGCUACCUGAAGGAGGAUGUCCUGGUCAAGCCGGAGGUACUCCAGAAAGCAACCGUGGAGCUGUUGGACCAGAGCGUGUGUGCUGGCCUGUAUGGUCACUCGCUCACCGACAGGAUGGUGUGUGCUGGCUACAUGGAUGGAAAGGUGGAUUCCUGCCAGGGUGACUCAGGAGGUCCCCUCGUCUGUGAGGAGCCUUCUGGAAGAUUCUUCCUGGCUGGCAUCGUGAGCUGGGGAAUCGGCUGUGCGGAAGCGCGUCGGCCAGGUGUCUAUGCGCGAGUCACAAGGCUGUGUGGCUGGAUCCAGGAGGUGACCAGCAUGGCCAGCAUGCCUAUGGCUCCCACGGCGACUCCUGCCACCACCACCCCCAGCACUUCCUUAUCUACCAGCCCCAAGAACCCAGCACUCAGCACUCCCGCCAAACUCACACAGGCCCCCAGUACUGCUGGGCCCCUUGACUCUGCCACCGCUGCGGCCCCACCACAAGAAUGUGGGGCCAGGCCCGUGAUGGAGAAGCCCACCCGCAUCGUGGGCGGACACAGUGCCGUGUCUGGGGAGGUACCCUGGCAGGUCAGCCUGAAGGAAGGUUCCAGGCACUUCUGUGGAGCCACUGUGGUGGGCGACCGCUGGCUAUUAUCUGCUGCCCACUGCUUCAACCACACCAGGGCAGAGCAGGUACAGGCCCACCUGGGCUCCGCAUCCCUGAUGGGUGUCGGCGGGAGCCCUGUGAAGCUGAGGCUGCGCAGGGUAGCCCUGCACCCCCACUACAACCCAGGCAUUCUGGACUUCGAUGUGGCCCUGCUGGAGCUGGCCAGGCCGCUGGUCUUCAACAAGUACAUCCAGCCCAUCUGCCUCCCUCUGGCCAUCCACAAGUUCCCCGUGGGCCGGAAGUGCAUGAUCUCAGGCUGGGGCAACACACAGGAAGGAAAUGCAGCCAAGCCGGACGUCCUGCAGAAGGCUUCGGUGGGCAUCAUAGAGCAGAGGACAUGUAGUGCCCUGUACAACUUCUCACUCACCGACCGCAUGCUCUGUGCCGGCUUCUUGGAGGGCAGAGUUGACUCCUGCCAGGGUGACUCAGGUGGCCCCCUGGCCUGUGAGGAGACGCCUGGCAUCUUUUACCUGGCAGGCAUCGUGAGCUGGGGCAUCGGUUGUGCCCAAGCUAACAAGCCCGGUGUGUAUGCCCGCAUCACCCGGCUCAAGGACUGGAUCCUAGACACCAUGUUCUUGAGUCCUGUCCUUAUGGCCUCGCCCUCAACCUCGAGCAUGCUGCCCACUUCCAGCUACCCCCUUAAGACGACAGCCAGCCUCCUGGUCCCAGAGGUCACAACCAGCCUACCCGCCACCCCUGCGACCACCAGUUGGGUGACAGCCAGAUUGCCCAACACGACACUGUCUGUCAGAGGCACCACAUCUAGAAGACAGACACAACCUCCGGAUGCCCCAGGGACCACCAGCCACUCCCAGCUGCCAGACUGCGGCCUGGCGCCGCCGGGGGCACUGACCAGAAUCGUGGGCGGCAGCGCAGCCGCGCAUGGCGAGUGGCCGUGGCAGGUGAGCCUAUGGCUGCGGCGCCGGGAGCACCGCUGCGGGGCCGUGCUGGUGGCGGAGAGGUGGCUUCUGUCUGCGGCACACUGCUUCGAUGUCUACGGGGACCCGCGGCAGUGGUCGGCCUUCCUGGGCACGCCGUUCCUGGGCGGCGCCGAGGGCCAGCGGGAGCGCGUGGCGCGCAUCUUCAAGCAUCCGUUCUACAACGUCUACACGCUCGACUACGACGUGGCGCUGCUCGAGCUGGCGGGGCCCGUGCGCCACGGCCGCCUGGUGCGGCCCAUCUGCCUGCCCGGCCCGGCCCCCGCGUCCCGGCCCCCCGACGGCGCGCGCUGCGUCAUCACCGGCUGGGGCUCGCUGCGCGAGGGAGGCUCCAUGGCGCGGCAGCUGCAGAAGGCGGCCGUGCGGCUCCUCAGCGAGCAGGCCUGCCGCCGCUUCUACCCCGUGCAGAUCAGCAGCCGCAUGCUGUGCGCCGGCUUCCCGCAGGGCGGCGUGGACAGUUGCUCGGGCGAUGCUGGAGGGCCUUUGGCCUGCAGGGAGCCCUCUGGCAGAUGGGUGCUAACAGGAGUCACCAGCUGGGGCUACGGCUGUGGCAGGCCCCACUUCCCGGGCGUCUACACUCGAGUGGCAGCUGUGAGAGGAUGGAUAGGCCAAAACAUCCAGGAGUGACUGCAGCGUGGCCGCUGGCCCAGGACAAGAGACCAAGAAGUGACCGGCCGCCCAGUCGACAGAUGGGAGUCUGGAGGGCCGGCGGGUGGGCUGGGGA